CAUUGUGAAACCAUCGAGAGGCCUUGCUUCCUUAUAAAUAGAUGGCACUCCUCUGCCAAAGAGCCACACACAACACAACACAACACAGCAACAAACAUCUUCACCUUCAAUUCUUCCAUUCCAUUCACCAUGGCAGUUUUCACAUUCGAGGACCAAACCACCUCUCCCGUGGCUCCUGCCACCCUUUACAAAGCUCUUGUAAAAGACGCCGACAACAUCGUCCCAAAGGCUGUUGAUUCCUUUAAGAGUGUUGAAAUCGUUGAGGGCAACGGUGGCCCAGGAACCAUCAAGAAGAUCUCUUUCCUUGAGGAUGGGGAGACAAAGUUUGUGUUGCACAAAAUAGAAGGAAUAGAUGAGGACAAUUUGGGAUACAGUUACAGCAUUGUUGGAGGUGCUGCUUUGCCAGACACUGCAGAGAAGAUCACGAUUGACUCCAAACUUAGCGAUGGUCCAAACGGAGGCUCAGUUGUAAAGCUGAGUAUAAAAUACCACAGCAAAGGAGAUGCUCCACCCAAUGAAGAUGAACUCAAAGCUGGCAAGGCCAAGAGUGAUGCUCUUUUCAAGGUCAUCGAGGCUUACCUUUUGGCCAAUGCUUGAAUUAUUACCAGCUGUCUUUAAUUACAUACACCAAACUUUCCCUCUGUGUUUAUCUUAAAGUUGGCUUUCAACUUAUAGUACUCAAGUUAAGUUUUAUUGUAAGGGUGAUCUUUGUAUCCACUACAUCAACCGUAGAUCAAUAAGUUAUAAUAAAGGAUAGUAUUACUAUCACUUGAAGUUUGUUUUUUCUUUAAUGUUUAUGUAGUGAAUUUAUAUAAAACUUGAAAUUACUCCA